UCUGUUUUCUGCCUUCUUGAAAAAUCAACAAAUUACAUGCUGCAACCUCUUAAAGGAAACUGAACAUUUGAACAAUACAUAUUUGCAAAGAUGAUGUUGAAAAGUGAGUUUUUCAAGAGCUACAUGACAUACAGUGCAAGAAUUUUCAAAAUUAGCCAUGGAAAGAAAUCAUUAUUGGAUAGAGGAAGGAAGUUGGAAUACAGCAUUGUCACCACCUGGGACAAUCUACCAGUGACACACAGACCUGUUACUUUCCACUUCAAACCAGGGGAUCAAGGACUGCUGAUGGAAGUGAAUGAUCCCUUCUUCAAUGACCCUCCAGCACCGCCUGGUGGCCCAGGCCAAGCUUUUAAUGGACUCUGGGAGUAUGAAGUUGUGGAAGCAUUUUUUCUGAACAGCACAACCAAAGAAUAUUUGAAAGUAGAACUUUGCCCGCAUGGACAGCAUUUAGUUCUCUUGCUCUCCAGUGGUGAUGCUUUUGCACUAAAGUUGGAUUUAAAUUUUAGGGCUGACAUAGGUGGGAAUGAGUGGAAUGGAACUACACUUCUUCCUUGGGAAUAUUUUCCACCUGGAAUUGACAAGAUGAAUUUAUAUGCCAUCCAUGGAUCUGGGAAUAGAAGAAUUUAUGAAGCUCUUUAUCCAAUACCCCAUGAAGAGAUUGCAACUGGACAAGGGCCCAAUUUCCAUCGCCUGGAGUAUUUCAAACCCUUUGAUCUGAAGUGGGUGAUGGGAGACGACUGGGAGCAGCCCCAUUCAAAGCUGUGGCCCUAGCUUUGUUCAGCUGCUGUUUUAGCUCACAGCAAUUAUUUCAAAAAGCCAAGAGAAAGCCACGGAGCAGAUCCCAACUCAACUCAUCCCUUUGCCCUUUGAUUGUAUCAUGGAAAAGGAAAUCUUAGUCCAUUACUGCUGCCAAUAAUGUCACAAUACAUGGGAAAUAAAACAUCUAUAUGAAGGGGUGGGUCUUAAAAAACUGAACAUUGAACAUCAA